GGCAGCAGCAGUCUCCGCGCUGUCCCGCGGCGCGUAUAUAUACGGGUCGAGCGCCGCCGCCGGCCAGUGUGUGACGAUGUCGCGGUAUGUGACUAGCGUGUUAGUGGCACUGUGCGCGACCAUCGCGUUGAGCAGCGGCCGCACGACAAAGUGCGACGUGCAGGCGUGCACCGACAGCGGGUAUGUGUGCGGCGUGCGGCGCUGGGCUGACAAGUUCACGCCCUACGCGAGUUUCCGAGGUGUGCCCUAUGCGAAGCAACCGGUUGGAGAGCUGCGGUUUAAGGAGCUCCAACCGCUAGACCCUUGGGAGGGUUUCUACGACGCGUCCGUUGAAGGGCCAGUAUGUCCACAACACGACGUGUUUUACGGAGGUCUCGUGAGGAACAGGAGCAUGAGCGAAGCUUGCAUAUACGCGAAUGUUCACGUGCCGAUAAAUGCCAUUACACCAACAACAGAAGAGACUGGUCUGCCAAUUUUCGUGUUCGUGCACGGAGGAGGCUUCGCAUUCGGAUCUGGCGACACUGACAUCCACGGGCCCGAAUAUUUGAUUCGGCGCGGAAUGAUCGUCAUUACUUUCAACUACAGACUGAAUGUGUUCGGAUUCCUCUCCCUCAACUCUUCAAGUAUACCUGGCAACAACGGUAUCCGUGACGUCAUAACCCUGCUCCGGUGGGUGAGGACGAACGCGAGAGCGUUUGGAGGGAAUCCUGAUGACGUCACUAUCGCUGGGCAGAGCGCAGGCGCAGCUAUCGCCCACCUGCUUACUUUAUCCAAGGCCGCUGAAGGAUUGUUUAGAAGGGCUUUUAUAAUGAGCGGUACAGCGAUCCCCAGCUUCUAUACGACGUCUCCGAUCUACGCACAAUUCGUCAGCAACCUGUUCGUGACCGCUCUCGGCAUCAACUCCACAAAUCCGGAGGAGAUUCACCAACAACUUAUCCAACUACCUCUUGAACAAAUCAUGCAAGUGAACCAAAUACUACAGGAUCAAUUUGGCAUUGUAGUGUUUCUGCCCGUAGUUGAAACUCCCUUCGAUGGGGUAACAACAGUUUUAGAUGAAGAUCCUGAAAUUUUACUAGAUAGAGGCGUCGGUAAAGAUAUACCAUUAAUCGUGGGAUUCACAGACGCAGAAUGCGAAACUUUCCGGCCAAAUUUCGAAAAACUGGAUAUCCUAGCAAAAAUAAAAGAGAAUCCAUUGCUUAUCUUAUCACCAAAUUUGAUAUAUAAGGUACCAAUAGAAACAGCAAUGGAAUAUGCGAAGAAGGUUGAGAAGCGUUACUUUAAUGGCGGUGUCACUAUGGACAACUAUAUAGAAUCGUGUUCCGAUACAUUCUACAUAUAUCCUGCUUUGGAAUUAGCCAAAAGACGAAGAGCGAUGAAGAAUUCAGCGCCAAUGUUCCUGUAUCAGUUCUCGUAUGAAGCUCAAUACAGUGUUAUGAAGGAGUCUAAAGGAUUGAAAUACAAAGGAGCCGGCCACGUGGAGGACAUGACGUUUAUUUUCCGAACAAAUUCAAUGCUAGAAGCUAAAGGUUUCUACCCUCUGGCAUCUGAGGACCAAGCAAUGGUAGAAUGGAUGACGUGGUUUGUUCAAAACUUCAACAGUUGCAACGAUCCGGUGUGCGAUCAAUACGAAGUGACCGUCUGGCCUCCGGUCAGCCACGCGACCAGUCUCUUCUACCAGGACAUCAAGGAGCCCAAAUUCUUCAUCACAGAACUCACUCCAGACCAGAACGAUAUGGUGAAAUUCUUCGAGAGUUUAAGAACUUAGUGUGUGUGACUGUGUGAUACAGUUUGUUGCUUAUUUAUUAUAGGAGACCUGAGUUAAGAGAGGUUUUGGGUGUACUGUACAAAAUUUGAUUGUGAUCUCUUUUAAACGUCUCAAUUUAGUUUUAAGUUUUAGUUUAAGGUUAUGUUCUGUGUGUACAAGAAAUCAUGAUUGUAUAAAAUCAGUUUAUAGGUUGAAAAAGGUAAUAGAAAAAAGAUACAGCCAAUAGGAUUUAUAACAGAGAUUUCAAAACCACCGAAACAUGUAUAAAACAUAAGAGUUAUGGAUAUUAGAAAAUGUAUGUUAUAAAUGUGGAUGAUAAAUAAGAUUGGGUAUCGAUUAUAGUACCUAAAUCAAUUUAUUUUAAGUCUAAGGAUAACAGAAAAGUCUGGUACACUACGAUUUGACUAAAUCACGCCUGGUGGUGAUGCCAUAUAAACAACAAGUCAAUUAUUUUCGAAGUAAGCACUUGCCAAUUUGCCAUAGUAAUUUAUAAUAAUUAAUUAAGUAUCAUUAACAAAGCAAAGAAGAAAUAAAUCGUUCUAAUUUAAGUGCAAAUUUUGUAAACAUUGAACAAGAUUGUAUUAUUUAGCGAAGUAAGAUACUUUUAUUUUAUGUAAGUGUUUAGAUUAGUUUUUUUUAGCUUUUUUACAAUAUAGAGCGUACUUAUUUUAAGCAAACCAUUUUUUGGCAGUACUUAAACUAAAAAAAAGGAAAGAAAUAUAAUGUAUAGACGCGUUUAGGUUAUAUUAUAACGUUACUGCAAUUGCUUAAUAUUUUAGGCCGGAAAUUUCUUAUUAUUGUCCUUUUGAAGUUUUUCCCGAAUAAUGAAAGAUUUAUACAGCUGAAAACUUUUUUAUUAUUUGUUAAAGUUUAUAGAAUGAGAUGAAAAACUGGAAUUAUUUGACAACAUCUAUCAAAUUCUUAGAUACGAGUAGAUUCAGUUUGAUAGUGUAAGUACACAGUUGUUAUUUAUCUGGUUGUGUAGUUCUAACAAAGUUCCUACUGUACAAUCACAAUAAAAAGAUGAUGGAUUAGACUCCAUAGAGUUAUCAUUGUUAAUUAUAAAAAAUUAAAAACUUUGUCAAUAACAAAUGUGUAUACCUAGUCGCAGUGAAUACGAAAUUAAAUAGCUGUUCCUAUAUUUAGGAUUCUAUAUAGGUACAUAUAUUGUAUUCAGAAUAUUUAACACUGGGAAUUUCCGAAUUUCGACGAGAUCAUUGUUAACACUUAUGCAUGCGAAAUCAGAUGCCAAUUUGACAUUUCGGAAAUUUUGUUGAUUAUUUAAACAAUGUCAAAUCUAACCGGUCACGAAAUCCAUUAUUUACCUUUUUUAUUGAGUGUUAUUGCCCUUUGUAUAGUUGACUCAAACGAUUUAUUCGAGAAAGAUAUAGGUUAAGACAAUGUCAUCUGAAACACUGCUAAAAACAAUUGCAAAUACAUUUGAACUUAUUGGUUUGUAAAUAAUGAAAAUAUAUGCAACAAGUGUACAUUUUUUAAAUACACAAUAUGAAUAGAA